UGAAAUGUGCAGAGAGAGAAAAAAAAUCAGCGUAUUAAAAAAUCAAAGUUUUCUAAUAAAUUUCUAAAAAAAAAUCAGCAUAUUAAAAAAUCAAAGUUUUCCAAUAAAUAAAAUGGUCUUCAGAAUCUGAUGUUAACGCAUGCGUGCAUCGCCACCGCGUGAUCGACCGACCUAACCUAUAAUGCUGCGUUCGGAGUGCGGAGACGUCACCCGGGUGCCUCCGUGCUUCCGCCAUCGUUGUAUCAUUUUGUCCUUCUUGUUCAUCGAGUGUUGAACAAAGAUAAAAUGAUACAAGAUACACGGCGGAGAGGAAGGGAGCACUCGAUAUUUCCGAAUACAGCCCCCAAUUGUGUCAACCAAUAACUGUGUGCUACAUAACCUUACACGGACCGUACUCCAACCUUCCACUAGCCGGUGAAAUAAUAAGAGAAAGUGUGUCAAAUAAUCUUAACAGGUUGAUGACGCUUACAGGACUAGGAAAAAUAAAAAAAAAAGGGAUACCUGCGCAGGCUGCACAGUCGCAUCAUCGGACGACACGCAACCAAAAGAAUCUACAUUUGAAUCUAUCUGUAAAUGUAUAUUUGCAUAAAUUGUGGAGCUGAAUGCAAAGAGCUUUUUAGGAGAUACUGCCCUAGUGUCCUUAAAAUCUUAAAAUGUGAGAAAUGUGGAUUGCUAGCUGAUAAAUAUAUUGAAUAUGAUCCCGUUAUUGUGUUUGUGGACCUUAUUCUGAUAGAAAAAUCAGCUUACAGACAUCUUUUAUAUAACAGUAACUUUAAAUCAUAUUGGAAGAUAGGUAUAAUAUUAUGGCUAGCCGAAUCAUUCAGGGCUUGGUCCUUCUGUGAGGUAAACGAGACAGAGGUAACUGCGUCAGAAGGGGAUUUAGUUCACAACGAUGCGUUACAAAAUCAUUGCAAUUUUUACAAUUUGCUGGUACACACAGCAUUAGCAUUUGCGGCAUUCAUUUGUACAGUAAUUAUAGUGACUGAAUUAAAAUGGUUUAUCAUUGGCAAAAAACCAUACAAAUACAGCGUAAAAGAUUUAAGUUGCGCUCUAGUGGUCGGAGGCUGCGGUAAAUUAUUGGGAUUUCUGGGAAUUGUGUGGCGGCACAUAGCCUCGGGUCCAUAUUACCUUCUUAUUCAAGGUUACACCGUUUUAUGUCUCAUAACUGCAUACUCAGUUGUCUGCAAGAGUGGAAGGGGAGGAUCUUUGAUUGGAUUAACUGCUGGAUUUUUAGUGUAUGGUUAUAUAUGUACUUCCAUCUCUAAAUUGCACCUAAAUAUUCCCAAUAUCACACUAACAUGACAUAAAAGUUAAAACCACA